UUAUUUAUCAGAGAGUCUAAUGCUCAGAGAGAACAGAACUUGCUUGUCACAGUUACUAGAUAUAAUGAAAAGCAUGAGAAACUUAGUAAAGAAGUAUGAACCACCCAGAUCUGAAGAAGUUGCUGUUCUGAAACAGAAGUUAGAGCGAUGUCAUUCUGCUGAGCUUGCGCUUAAUGCAAUUACGAAGAAGAGAAAAGGCUAUGAAGAUGACGAUUAUGUCUCAAAGAAAUCCAAACAUGAGGAGGAAGAAUGGACUGAUGAUGACCUAGUGGAUUCUCUCUAACCAUCUGAAGCUGAUUCUCAGUGCUAACUAAUCAAGAGAAGUAGGAAGCAUAUUGGGCAUUUAACUUUAUUUAAAAAGUGUAAUGUGGAAACAUCAAAAUAUAUUAAACUUUUGUAUUUGUUAUUUAAAUUUUUCUUUUAUAGUAGCUUUAUGUAAAAUAAAACAUCUUCAAAAGAGUCAGA